UUAACCUACCACUUUGUAUCAAGGUACAGUUAACGCAAUAACGCAAUUUUAAUAACACUAUUCAUAAUGUGUCAUACUUUAAUACUUUAUUUGUUACUACUUGUGAUCACAACAACGACUACUUUUGACAAAAAAUAUCAGUUCAAACUUUUUAAAGAUUCUUUUAAUGAAAACAUCCACAACAUCUACGAACAUGGACCCGAACAACCUUGUGGUGGACAUAUUAUCAAUUCAAAUAGUCAUAAAAUUAAAAAGUUUCCAGAAAUACCGUUGGACAUUAUAAUGGAAUUAAAUCAGGUUAAAAGUGUUUCAGAACUAUUUCAAAAGUUUAUGCCACAUAUCAAUAUUCAUGAAAUAUUAAAAUACGAAACUAAUGAUGGUCAAAAUUCGACAAUUAUUCCAAAAGCGGCCUCUUGUACCACAGAAAAUCAAACAGUUAGUUUGAGAGAUGAUAAUAACCCAAAUUUAUACUAUUCACCACCCUGUACACGGGUGAAGCGAUGUGGUGGUUGUUGUGGUAGCAGUUUGGUUUCCUGUCAACCAACCAAAGUAGAGAUGCUCAAUUUUGAAGUUACCAUUCUACAAUAUAAUGAAACGUUUACUUUCAAAGAAAAAAAAAUUAUUACUGUAGAGCAACAUGAGAAAUGUAAAUGUGAUUGUAUCAUCAAAGAGAAAGACUGUAAGCCUUCACAAAGGUAUAAUGCCAAAGAAUGUCAAUGUAUUUGCAAUAAUUUAGACGAAGAAGAAGAAUGUGAUAAUCAAGGAACAAAGAUAUGGAAUUCAGACACUUGUUCAUGUCAAUGUAUUGAAGAGCAAGAAUGUACAACAGGAUACAAAUUUGAUUAUAAUACAUGCAGCUGCGAAUUAGCAUAGAUGAAGACACUGAAAUAAUUCUUUCUUACCAUUCAUAUAAAUACUUAUCCACUUAAACAUGAAUUUAAUGAAAACUUCUAACUUAAUUCAGAGAAGUUAUUUUAAUUA